AUGGUGAAAAGAAAGUUGGCUGGAAGAGGAGAUAAAUUAAACGCAAAUACGGGAUUAGAAGAGCAACUCGAAAAAGAUAAUGUUGCAAAAGAGAGAUCUGAAUUGCGAGAAAAGCAAACGAGAAAACGAAACUCUUCACAAACUGACGAAGUGAGUCAAAUUUAGUUGAAAAAAAUCUGGAUUCUUUAAUUUUAGUUCAUUCCUGAUUCGAUUUCAACAAAAAUUUUGAAAGAGGCUCGGAAACAAUUGCAAGAAGAAGCUUUGGAAGAAACUGGAGACGAUGAACAUCAACAAUUUCAAAAAAGGUAUCAGAAAUGAAAAUUUCAAUUUCAAAUGAAAAAAAAUGCGAAAUGAAAGAGUCACGUGGAAACGGGAAUUUCUGGAAAAUUAAAUUUUCUCAUUUCUGGAAAAAAAUCAUUUGAAAGCCAAAUUUGUAGAUUUUCUGAAGCUAAAAAUUUACCAGAAAUUUACAUUUUCCGAUAAAAAGACAAAAAAAACAAAGAAAUUAUUGAAUUCUGUUUUUAAAUUUCAUCAAAUUCAGACAACGUCAUUUCUCACUUGGCGCAACAUCAACAAAAAGUGACGACGAUGAUGAAGAAGACGAUUUGGAAGAGAAUGCAAAUGGAUACGAAGACGAAAUUGUCAAUAUCGAUCCAGAAGAUGAGGCAGAUUUGGCGCGAUUUUUGAAAAAAGAUGCGGCUCAAAUGAGCACUUUGUAUGAUAUUAUUCAAGCCAAAAUUGAAUCGAAACAAGCCGAUGCGGAAAUUGCGUUGAGUUGUGUUGAUCCAAAUGAAUUCAAUGUGAGUUCAAAUGUUCAUAUUUGAUGAAACUAUUUUUCAAAUUAUUUAGAUGCGUGAUAUGGAUCCAGAAGUUGUUGAAAUGUACGAGCAAAUUGGUGUAUAUAUGUCAAAAUAUCGAAGUGGAAAAGUUCCAAAGGCUUUCAAAAUUAUUCCAAAAAUGAUUAAUUGGGAACAAAUUUUGUUGUAAGUUUAGCAUACGUCGCAUGCCAGGGGUAAUCGACCCGUGGAGGGGUUAUCCCUGACACCAAAUUUUGGAGGGGGUUGUCACUUGAGAUAAAAAAUGUUAUGAAAUUUUCUCAGUUUUGAUGAUAAUUUUCUCUAUAUAUUCUGCCAUAGGGAUACCAAUUCAAGCCUCAAAAAAGUUCCCACAUAAAUAUCUGAUUGAAUUAGCGGUAGCAUGCUUUUAUUAGACCCUUAUCAACUAUGCUCCACAAUAAAAUCCAAAGAAUUAAGCCUGGUAUCAAGAUGGGACCACUAUGUCAUUUUUUACCCUGUGUUAUCAAAGAACACAGGGAUAAAAAGUCACUAGGGGUAUCUAAUGAAUACCAAUGAAUAUUAGACUUGAGUUAGGGGUAGCAUGCCUUUAUUAGACCCUUAUCAACUAUGCUCCACGAUAAAAUCCAAAGAAAUGAGCCUAGUAUCAAGAUGGGACCAUUAUGUCAUUUUUUACCCUGUGUUAUCAAAGAACACAGGGGUAAAAAGUCACUAGGGGUAUCUAAUGAAUACCAAUGAAUAUUAGACUUGAGUUAGGGGUAGCAUGCCUUUAUUAGACCCUUAUCAACUAUGCUCCACGAUAAAAUCCAAAGAAAUGAGCCUAGUAUCAAGAUGGGACCACUAUGUCAUUUUUUACCCUGUGUUAUCAAAGAACACAGGGGUAAAAAGUCACUAGGGGUAUCUAAUGAAUACCAAUGAAUAUUAGACUUGAGUUAGGGGUAGCAUGCCUUUAUUAGACCCUUAUCAACUAUGCUCCACGAUAAAAUCCAAAGAAUUAAGCCUAGUAUCAAGAUGGGACCAUUAUGCCAUUUUUCACAUAUCAACUGACAGUUAGUAACUGUAAUAUUUGCAAAAAUUAUGAUUAAGCGACAAUGUAGAGUUAUUCAAAAUUAAUAUGGAUCAAUGUGGUUGCACAAUUUAAUUUAUUUAGUGUCUCGUUUAACUAGCUAGAUUUGAUAUGAUCUUUUUAAAAAUAAUCUCUUGGAUGAACAAAAUUUCAUAUUUCUCAAAAUUAAAAAUUCUCGAUUUCAAAUCUGUAAGGUUUUUUACUUUAUCGAAUCCGCGAUCUAUAUUCUAAUAUCAUUAAAAGUCAGCGAUCUACAGAAUAGUAAUGUAAUCUACAAUUACGAUCAUAUUUUUUUCUCAGAGUUUGUGGUUUGAUUUAGGGUCAAACUAAUGUUUUUGAAAUUGAUACAUUUUCCCUUCUUGGAAAUAGUUGAUAAGAACCUAAUUAAGGUAAAUCACCCCUAACUCAAGUCUAAUAUUCAUUGGUAUUCAUUAGAUACCCCUAGUGACUUUUUACCCCUGUGUUCUUUGAUAACACAGGGUAAAAAAUGGCAUAAUGGUCCCAUCUUGAUACCAGGCUUAAUUCUUUGGAUUUUAUCGUGGAGCAUAGUUGAUAAGGGUCUAAUAAAGGCCUGCUACCCCUAACUCAAGUUCAAAAUUCACUAUUUCCCUCAUUGAUGCAAAUUCUGAGCUUAAGCUCAAUAAUAUUGUAAUUUUCAGAUUUCUAUAGCUGGAAAUGAAGAAAAAAUGAAAAAAAGGGGGGGGGGUUAUCCCUUUCGUCGAAAAUUUUCAAAAAUAGGGGUAUGCACUGGCGGAUUUGAAACAGGGGUAUGCGACGUAUGAAGUUUAGAGAAUUUUGAAGGACUGACAUUUUUAAAAGUUUAAAUCUGGAUUUGUACCAAAAACUGUUUGGACAAAAGUAAUUUUUCAAGCCAAAUCUUUCCAUAAUAUUGAAAAACCCCAAAAUUAAUUUUUAGCCUAACAAAACCGGAAUCAUGGACAGCUGCUGCAAUGUAUCAAGCAACUCGAUUAUUUGCAUCAAAUAUGAAUCCAAGAAUGUGCCAAAGAUUUUAUAGUCUAGUUCUUCUUCCACGUCUCCGGGAUGACAUUGACGAAUUCAAGAAAUUGAAUUAUCAUUUGUAUCAAGCACUUUGUAAAGCAAUUUACAAACCGGCCGCGUUUUUCAAAGGAUUGAUUCUUCCAUUGGUUGAAAGUGGAACUUGUACAUUGAGAGAAGCUGUCAUUUUUUCGUCGGUUCUUACAAAAGUUCCGGUUCCGAUGUUUCAUGCGGCUGCUGCUAUGUUGAAAGUGAGAUUUUUGGAGUUAUUUUUCAAUUUUAAGAAAAAAUUAACAUAAUCAAACAUUUUUUAUAGAUCGCUGAAAUGGAAUAUACUGGAGCGAAUUCAGUAUUCUUGCGAGCUCUCAUCGACAAAAAAUACGCUUUACCAUAUCGUGCAAUCGACGCAGUUGUUAAUCAUUUUAUUCGUCUGAAAACCGAUGAACGUGAUAUGCCAGUUUUAUGGCAUCAAUGCUUGUUGUCACUUUGUCAGAGAUAUAAGAAUGAUUUGAAUGCUGAACAGAAAUCUGCUAUUCAUGAUUUGAUUCGAGUGAGUUUUUGCUGUUUGGUUUCCUGUAAUUUUUGAAACCUCAAAUCAUUUUAGUUCUUGAAAAUUUCAUUUUAUAACAAAGAAAUCUGUUUUUAAACUCAAAAAAUGAGUAGAAAACUUGUGGGAUCUUUAGAUUAAUAAGAAUUCAAAAUUGGAAGUUGGUCUUCUAGAUUUUUUGACACAAUGUAAUUAGAGAAAAGUUUCUUAUUGUAAUGUCUGACUUGAAAAUUCUAACAAAAAUUUUUCUGAAAUCCAAAAUUCAUCUCAUUAUUUUCCAGUUCCAUGGACAUUACUUGAUUUCACCUGAAGUACGCCGUGAACUCGAAUCAAAAGAAACUGAAGAUGGACACAUUAUUACAACAGUCGAAGUUUCAACCCGCAAAAAAGACAGCAUGGAGUUCUAA